UCUUCAUUGCAACUCUCUCUCUCUCUCGGCUCGCUCUCAUGGCCAGGAACUGCAACCCCUACUAUUGUCUCUCUCUCUAUAAAUUCCGAAUCUCAUCCCUCUCUCUCUACAAUUCCCCAAUCUCUCUCCAUCUCUUUCCAAAGAGCCGAUUCAAAUUUUCACACAAUUCCAUCAGAGACAGUUCUAGCACCACUAUAUCAUCAUCAUCAUCAUCAGCAAGUGGAUUCACUUGGGACGACGUUUUCAAAAUCUCUCGCUCUGAAGAUCACUCCUUCGAUCUCCAUGGCUUCUUCGACAAAAUCAAAAUCUGCAAUCGCGGCUCCGAGAAGCAACAUGAAUUCAUUCCGUUUGUUAUCGGGGACCAAAUCGUCGGCUAUGUUCAUAACCGUUUUGCUGACCAUUUGAGGAGGUUUCAGGAUGUGUUUAUUUUCCCUCAGAACAAUUCUUUCACCAACCAUGUCACGUUACAUCCAAUUUUGAGAACACCUGAGGAGAGGACUAGGGCUGUUGCAGAUGUUGUCAAAUGCCUAGGGGAAGAAUUUAUUCCAGGUAUACGGAAUGAGCUAUACCCUGUCUUCUCAUCCUUUGGGACACAAGUAUUUUUUUCGCUGGAACGUGCAGCAGCUCCAUACUUUGGGAUAAAGGCUUUUGGAGUUCACAUGAAUGGCUAUGUUGAAAGAGCUGGGCAGAAAUAUCUGUGGAUAGGGAAGAGAAGUGAAGUGAAACCCACCUACCCUGGGAUGCUGGAUCAUCUGGUUGCUGGAGGACUGCCUCAUGAUAUUGCAUGUGGGGAGAAUCUUGUAAAGGAAUGUGAAGAGGAAGCAGGGAUACCGAGUUCCAUUUCCAAUGAAGCUAUACCCGUUGGUGCUGUCUCCUACAUGGACAUUGAUGGAUAUAGAUACAAGAGAGAUGUUCUAUUUUGUUAUGAUUUAAAACUUCCUGAAGGUUUUAUUCCUAAGAAUCAAGAUGGAGAGGUCGAGAGCUUCAAAUUGAUACCCGUAGCAGAUGUUGCAAAUGUCAUACGAAGAACGCAGUUUUUCAAACCAAAUUGCAAUCUUGUCAUCAUUGAUUUCCUGUUUCGACAUGGGUAUAUUAGACCUGAAGAGUUUGGGUACUUGAAGCUGCUACAGAGUUUGAGGAUUGGAGAUUGUUCCUAGACCGAUAUACUCCUUUUCUUUGGAAGGAGAGAUAGGCGUUGAAUAUACAUAUAUAUAUAUAUGCAGGCUUGUUGAGUUUGGUUUCCAGCAACUUGGAAUUCUUCCUACCGACGGACCAAAAACGAGAUUCUAUUGUGCUUCUUGCAUGAGUAAAUCUCAACGAAAGUAAUAUUAUCGUUUCGAAUUCAUGAUUCAAUUUGUAUGUCUAAGCAAGUCUAGUUUCAAAAGAAAAUCGUGUACACAUUUUUUUUUUCAAGUGAUUAUAAAAAAGAUUCAAACUGCUUAAAAAUAUAUUGAAUGAGAAGAGAACAGAGCUUUGGCCUAUUUUUUUGA